AUGCGAUGGUUGGCGACGAUUCUUGGCCUGUUACGGUUAGCGUGCCUCCGCGCAGAAGACAACAAGCCAUUGGUGGAACAUAAGAACCGCAAGCCAUACCUGGUCACGUUCUACGUCAAUGUGGACGACGAACUCGACUCCUUUGAGGUCAUGGUCCAUCCCGAGUGGGCUCCGCUCGGCGCCGCGCGGUUCAGAGAACUGUUAGACGCAAAGUUCUACCGAACAGACGUCCGCUUCUUCCGCGUCGUGCCAACAUUCAUCACACAGUUUGGGAUAAGUGGCGACCCCGCAGUCUCUGCCGAGUGGAGGGGCAAAACCAUCAGAGACGAUCCGGUCGUGAAGUCUAACCAGCGCGGCUACAUCUCCUUUGCGACCACGCAGAUGUUCGUCAAUACAAAAGACAAUAAGAACCUCGACGGCAUCGCCGCGGGCUCCGCCACGGCCUACAACGCCAUCUCGUCGGAGAAGUCACUGGUCUGCCGUCUAGGUAUGGGCUUCAGCCCCUUCGCCGAGGUGGUGGGCGAUGGCAUGGGCGUCGUGGACCGCAUCUUUGCAGAAUAUGGCGAGACCCCCGCGCAGGGUCGCAUCCAAGCUGAGGGCAACAAGUACCUGAAAAACUCCUUCCCGAGGCUGAGCUACAUCACAGACAUCAAGAAAGGCUCCGAGCCGAAACGCGCGGCGCGAAGGAAGGCCAUGCACGAACGGAAACCAACGAAGCCGCGGCCGAAGGCCACUACCUCCUCGUUGUUGUCGGGACUGCAGAAGAUGACGCAGCAGACCCCGCAGUUCCGGAAAGACGCGGAUUCUGACCAGCGCUCUACGCUCGUCGUCGGCGGCUUCCCCGGAUUUCGCCACGCUUGGCGAACCUCGACAGCGCCCCUCGUCUAUUAG